CAAGCCUCAUUUGCAGGUGUUACUGCUUAGUAUAAUCUGGUGCAGGUUGUCUUGUAUGUCGAAAAUAGGAUUUCAGCGCUGGCUCAUAAAAAUCCUAAAUUACACAGCUAUCUUCUGAGAGAGGAAUGAAAUGCGUCCCUAUGGUCUAAGGCGGAGUAUUCGAUGUCCUAAGAAAUAUGGGGAGACUAUUAAAGAGAGGAAAUACAUGUUGGCCCCAAAUUAUGAUUUGGACCUUGUGUGUGAGCAGAGUGAAGCCGACCCCCAGAAACUCCCGGAUGACAGGUAUAUAAGGAAUGCUGCUGUUCUUCCAGAUCUCAAACUAUCCCACAGAGAUGGAGCCCUCACUACAGAAGAGAGGACCUCCAGCAGCGUCUCAACUAGCCAGCCAGAACCUCUGAUGAUCCACGGCUUCACAGUACCAGAGUACCAGCAGACAUAUCAUUCAGUGGUGGAUCCCCUGCUUUUUAGGCCUUGCGGGAAGCUCGCAGCCUACAGUCUGGAGCUGGGCCGUAACAUUAAGGAACAUCUGUUUAAAGAGCUGGCCUACCCCACGCUUCAAAUUUCGGAGCAGCCAAAUGGAACGAUGAAGAUAAUUGAGCGAUUUUGUGUGCUCCGCCCAACACCUUUCUUAGAUAUAGACAGUAACGGGGAACCACAGUAAUAUUUUCCCACUGACUUUCUAUGAUUUUUUUUGUACGUCUCUUGAUACUUUAUUUAGACUAUUUUCAUUUACCUUGAAAUGUAAUGUAGCUGCUGAAUUUAUAUUCCUAAUGUUUAUUGAAA